AUGCCGCUACGCAUUGGCUCAAUUGAUGUAUUACAUACUUCUCUCCUACCCUUGGGAUUGGAAAAAGCAAACUACGAAGGACCAAAGCCUGGUGUUACGACCUUGCCCAAAGGUUUCAAGAAAUCCAGCGAGCAUCGUGGUUUCAAUGCUCCAACAAUUUACGAGCGGGAUGUUGCAAUCCCACUGCGGGACGGAACGAAUCUCAUUGGCGACGUAUUUCGUCCGGCUAAUGUCACCGACAAAGUACCAAUCAUAUUGGCCUACAGUCCAUAUGGGAAAACGGGACAAGGCUUCGCCGAUAUAGAUAUAUCUCCCUAUCACGCUGGUGUACCACCAAACACGUUGAGUGGUUUUCAGAGUUUUGAAGCCCCCGAUCCGGCAGUGUGGACAGCCUUUGGAUACGCCAUUGUGAACGUUGACGCACGCGGCAUAUUUAAAUCUGGAGGCGAACACAGGUGGUUUGGAACAGCCGAAGGCAGGGAUGGUUACGACACAGUUGAGUAUCUUAGCCAGCUGUCUUGGUGCAACGGGCGUGUAGCUUUGAUGGGAAACUCUUGGCUAGCCGGCUGUCAAUGGUUCAUCGGGGCUGAACGGCCACCGCACUUGACUGCAAUUAUGCCGCUCGAGGGGGUAAGCGACUUGUAUCGUGAGUCAUUGUGCCGCGGUGGUGUACCCUGGAAACUGUUCUGGCAAUGGUUAGGUUCUGAGACCUUCUUCGGCGAGAAUGGUGGCGAGGAUGUAAUUGCCAUGAUUGAUCAAUACCCAUUGAUGAAUGAGUACUGGGAAGACAAACGAGCAAAGUCACACCUGAUACAGGUGCCUGCGUAUGUGCUCGCCAGCAUGUCUUCGAGUCUGCAUACCGAUCCCAUUGUAAACGUCCCAUUUUUUAGCUGGCCCGUGCCUGAAGCUGUGUACCGAUCCCUCUACUUGCAAGACAAAGGCCAGCUUUCAUCCAACACCACCGCAGCAGAACCGAUCAGGACAGUGUCAUACCAGUCUGACAUCCCAGUUCUUGGAAUGGACGCCGACUCAGAGGAGGCCGAGUUUAGAAUCACUUUCCAUGAGACAACGACACUCAUUGGAGCCUCGAAGGCUAUCCUUUACAUGUCAAGUCUCGAUAAUGACGACAUGGACGUUUUCGUGCAGAUUCGAAAGACUGACAAAAGUGGCAAGGUUCUGCGUCACAGUAACCUCCCAAUCGCAGAAUUGUGUCAGCCAGCAGAUCAAGAUAAGGACCUUUUCAACGUAUUACAAUAUACCGGUCCUACAGGCAUCCUAAGAGCAAGCCAUCGUGCGUUGGAUCCUGUUCUUUCAAAGCCGCACUGGCCGGCUCACGAUCACUCCCGUGAAGUGCGCAUUGCCCCAGGUGAGAUAGUCAAGAUGGAGAUUGGGUUGUGGGUCAGCGCAAUGCAAUUUGAAGCUGGAGAGCAAUUAGUAUUCAAGGUUGCUGGCCAUCAUAUGCUCCUGGCAGAAUUCGCUGAUACUCGUGGAAAGUUCGCGAACCGUAACAAAGGUCGGCAUGUGCUUCACUUUGGUGGUCAAUACAAUAGCCAUAUUGAAGUACCGCUCAUUACUGGAGCUCUAGGUUAA